ACUCGGUGUCUAGUGAAGCUGGUGGGUGUCAACCGAUCGCCUGAAUUCUCGUAUUCUCUCCGUGUUUGGAACUUCCUUUUGUGGAACUUCGGUGACCAGCACUGAACUGGAUUAGGAGUUAUCCUUCCGCGCAGAGACGAUGUCUUUCAGACUGAAGGAUGUUUUUUUCCUCUUGGACAACCCAGGCCUUGUAGACGAUUCACCGUCUCUCGUGAGGUGACUCAACUAUUGCACAGCGCAGAAAAUGUUGCAAAACUCUCACCCGACCUUCUCACUCUUGCAGGCGUCCUAUGGGCAACGACUCUUCCCCCUGGGACUACAGCGAACCCCUCACAAGAUCACACAGGUGACCCUCCUCAUGUUAUCUACAUCAUGGCUAAUAUUACAUCCCAAACCCCAAGUGUUCUUCAGGAGAAGAGGUUCUGAUGCCGCCGGGAAAUAGGAGAAGAGCAAGAGGUUUGACUUGCACUGGAGCAAAUAACAUCACGGUCCCAUUAUACUCCAGGAAGUGUUCGACCAAGCCAAAAAAACUGACGAUCACUGUGAACAGCGACGAAGCCGUCAUCAUCGAAUUUAGAGAGAACAUGACCGGGAAAGAAAUGAGAUGGCAAAAAGAACCAAUAGAUAGGGAAAAGGAAGGACAGAAUUCUAGCACGACUGGUGAUGGAAAACUCAUCUUACCUCUAGAUACGUCCAAGGAAUCCGGAUUCUAUUCAUUCACGAUAAAUGAUGCUGUGCCAUCUACAAAGCUUGACCGCUACUGUACAGUUGUGGUCAUCAGGAGAGGUAAGAAUUCCCGAUAAUCUUUGCAUCUUUUC